UCGUCUGAUGGGCGGGGCGCCUGGGAAAUAAUAAUGAAACAGUUCCUGCUACUUCUUGCGGUAGAUAUUUCGCCUUCUUAAACGAAACGUUUUAAGCUGCUGAAAUGAUUGAAAAUGAAAUCAGUGAGAGUUCUGAUGCAAAAGAGUAUGUUGGACUUUCAGAUUUUGUGGCUGAAGGAGAUGAGCAGCUUAGUUUCUCAGUUGGUGAUAAAUUGAAGGUCCAUGACAGGAGCUCAGACGUGUGGUGGUGGGCUGAACUGCAGGGUCGCUUUGGUUAUGUCCCAUCCAGCUUUCUGCAUCAAACACCUGAGGAUGAGGAAGAUGCUUGGCAGGAUGACGAAUACUUUGGCAAUUAUGGGACAUUAAGGCUUCAUCUGGAGAUGCUAUCAGACAAACCCCGCACAGAAACAUACAGACGGGUGAUUCUGGGUAAUAGUGCCGCCCUGAGGGGGAAGGUGGUCAUGGACUUGGGCUGCGGGACAGGGGUUAUCAGCCUCUUCUGUGCCCGUCUAGCACAACCUGCAGCGGUUUAUGCUGUGGAGGCCAGCUCAAUGGCAAAACACACUGAGGAACUAGUGAGGCAGAACGGCUGUGAGGAAGUCGUGACCGUGUUUCAGGACAGAGCUGAGAAUCUCACUCUGCCUGGGAAAGUGGACGUUCUAGUGUCAGAGUGGAUGGGCAACUGCCUUCUGUUUGAGUAUAUGGUGGAGUCAGUGUUGCUGGCACGUGAUCGCUGGCUGAAGGAGGGUGGAGUGAUGUGGCCGUCCUCUGCCUGUCUGACUGUCGUUCCUUGCCAGGCCUUCUCUGACUACAGGCAAAAAAUGGAGUUCUGGGAGAAACCGUAUGGCCUAGACUUCACCUACCUACAGUCACUUGCACAGAAGGAGUUUCUCUCCCAGCCUAAAUUUAGCCAUCUUCUCCUACCUGAGGAUUGUUUGUCCACACCAGCCGAUGUUAUCACUCUUGAUAUGGUCACAAUACAGGUCUCAGACUUAGAGAGACUCAACGGUGGGUUUAGUUUCAAUGUUGAGAAGUCAGGCGUGUUUCAUGGCUUCACCGUCUGGUUCAGUGCACACUUCCAGAGUUUAGAAGAGGAUGGACCAUCACAAGAGUUGAACACCGGACCGUUUUCAGAGAUCACUCACUGGAAACAGACUCUCUUUAUGUUGGAUGCACCAGUGACAGUUGAGGAAGGGGACAUUAUUGUAGGGUCCAUAUGUCUGCAGAGAAAUCCAAUCUGGAGACGUCACUUGUCAAUCACAUUUUCAUGGAACAUAAAUAGCACAGAAGAUAAAAAGGUCCAGACAAAGUGUUUUCCUAUGUGGAGAUGACCCAUGACCCAUUCAUUAACGUUUUCAGUAAAUAGAACAUUUUCUUUCCUUUUUCAGUAACACAAACAGCAGUGCACAAAACAAGACACUACCUUCAUCUUAUAAAAUGGAUCUUCGUGUUUCUUCUCUCUUUUGAAACUGACAAUAAAAAAGCAAUUUUUAUCAAA